CCUGCAGUGACCGUCUCGUCUGUCGAGUCGAGCAUCGCAACUGCAGAGCUCUCUGGGAAAGCGAGUCCAUAUUGUAAAUAAUUCAAUAUUCUUCUUUUGCCUGUGAACAAGAUGCCGGCCGUCCACAAACUACUUCUCGAAGACGCUCUGCAGGACAGCCCGCAGACCCGGUCAUUGCUCAGCGUGUACGAGGAAGAUGCGGGGAAUCUUACAGACUACACAAAUCAACUGCUCCAGUCCAUGCAGAGGGUCUACGGAGCGCAGAACGAGAUGGCGCUGGCCACGGAACAGCUGUCCAAGCAGCUCCUGGAGUACGAGAAGCAGAACUUCACCCUGGGCAGGGGAGAUGAAGAGGUCAUCAGCACACUAGAGCAGUUUGCUAAAUCUGUGGAGGAGUUGAACUCUCUCCAUGCUGAGCUCACCACCCAGAUGGCCAACAGGAUGGUGUUCCCCAUGGUUCAGUUCAGAGAGAAGGACCUCACAGAAAUAAGUACGCUGAAAGAAAUAUUCGGCAUCGCCAGUGACGAACAUGAAGCUUCUAUGGUGAAGUACAGUAGACUACCCAAGAAGAGGGAGAAUGAGAAGCUGAAGGCAGAGGUGGUGGCGGAGGUGGCCUACACCAGGAGGAAGCAGCACCAGGCCUCCAUGCAGUACUACUGCGCCCUGAACGCCCUGCAGCACCGCAAGAGAGCCGCCAUGCUGGAGCCCAUGCUGGGGUACUCACAGGCGCAGAUGAACUUCUUCAAGAAAGGCAUGGAUCUGGUUUCAAAGAAGAUGGACAGCUUUCUCGCCUCAGUCUCCAGCAUGUCCCAAAGUAUCCAGGCCCAGAUGGACUCGGAGGCUGAAGCCAUGCGCCUGUCCCAGAGGGAGCUGCUCUCGGCGGACGACACGGUCUACAUGCCCGACCGCGACCGCGACCCCGUCAACCGCACCCUCAUACAGAAGGCCGGCUACCUCAACAUCAGGAAUAAAACGGGCCUGGUGACCACAGCCUGGGACCGGCUUUACUUCUUCACCCAGGGAGGGAACCUCAUGUGUCAGCCGCGCGGGGCCGUGGCUGGGGGCAUGGUGCUGGAUCUGGACAACAGCUCGGUGAUGGCUGUCGAAUGCGAGGACAGGAGAUACUGCUUGCAGAUCACCGCUCCUUCUGGUAAAACGUCAAUAAUUCUUCAAGCAGAAAGCAAGAGAGAAUAUGAAGAGUGGAUAUGCACCCUGAACAACAUCUCCCGGCAGAUCUACCUGACUGACAACCCCGAGGCGGUGGCUAUUCGGCUGAACCAGACGGCCAUCCAGGCUGUCACGCCCAUCACCAGCUUCGAGAAGAGGCUGGAGGGCUCGCCGCACCCCGACCGGGCCAAGCCGGGCGCCCGGUUCCCCGCCGCAGAGGCAGCCCCCAAGCCCCCCUCCACCCCUCAGCCCGAGGACCUCAUCGCCCCUGGGACCCCCAUCCAGUUCGACAUCGCACUCCCCGCCUCCGAGCUGCUGGACCAGAACCGCGCGGGGGGAAGGCGCACAAACCCUUUCGGGGAAACGGAGGAGGACUGCUCUUCUGAUGCAGACGACCCCCUCCUGCAGCAGGCGUUCGCCGUGCGCUUCCUGGGCUCCGUGGCGGUGCGGGCGGGGCACGCGCGGGAGGUGAUCUACGAGGCCGUGCGGCAGGUCCUGGCUGCCCGCGCCAUCCACAACAUCUUCCGCACCGACCAGUCCCUGCUGCUGGUCUCCAGCUCCUGCCUGCGGCUCAUGGACCCUCAGACGGAGGCCAUCAGAAUAACCUUCCGGCUGCGGGACGUGAGGCAGUUCGCGGCGCACCAGGAGAACGGCCGGCUGAUGGGCGUGGUGGUGGAGGGCCACGAGGAGGAGGGCCCGUCCACCUUCACCGCCUUCGUCUUCGAGAGCGACACGGAGGGGGAGAAGAUAUGCUACACGAUAAGUCUGGGGAAGGAGAUCACAGAAGCAAAGAAGGACCCCGUGGCUCUGGCCCAGCUGAUAAAGUCGAUGCCUCUGACCAACGACGGGAAGUUCCUGCUCCUGGACGACGAGGCGGGCGGAGCAGAGAACGGGGCGGGGCCGGAGGACCUGGAGUCCGAGGCCUAGCUGGACUCCAGGGCCUUUUCGUUUCCCCCCUCCCCCCCAUUCGGCCGUCCUGGGCUCCCGCAGAGCCCGUUUCACAGUUCUCUCUUGUCUUUUCGCGGUCAGGGGGACCGGUCUGCUCCACCAUUUCCAUUUCAUGGAGGCGAUUACCCCGGGGAGCCCCGCACACCCUUCGCCCAACCGGCGGGAACACGAUUCCGUCACGCCGCGAGGAGGAGCGUAGACGAAGGGCUCAACUCACAGCACGAGCAAACUUUCCAUUUUCUUUCGACGGGACCGAGGGGUAAACGAGGCAGCCCGACGGUCAGAGUGCCGUGGUUGGGUUGGGCCCCCCCCCCCCCCCAAAAAAAAAACAUUCAGUAAGACCUUGCAAUGUCGCGCUUUAAGUUUUUCAUCAGAAUGUGUAAAGCUUUAACCGAGUAACGCUUUUCAGUAAAGAGAGGCUAUGCAAGGGAGUCGGAAUCCGAAUGUAUUGCCAUCUGCUCUGAAACCGGCUCUUAACUGAAACUAGCAAAAGACAUCUCACGAGGUGCAAAAAAAAAAAAAAAAAAAGUAAUUCCCUGAUUCAUGGCAUUUCCUGGUGAAAUAAAACAGGAUGAGCCAGUGGAGGGAGAAUCAGCCGGCUCGGUGUGCCGUGGUGUCAUGAGAUUUCAGACCGAGACCUUUCCCUUAACCGCGUACCGUGAGCCACCGCUCACCGGCUCCCGGACUCCAGUCGACCACCACUGACUGACGGAAGGCCCUCUCUCUGACAAACCGCUAAAAGUGGGUAAUUAAAUGUUCCUUGCGUCCGUUGGUCUUUCUCUCCGCGUGUGUGAUGCGGUUAGCGGCUUGUGUUUACAGUGCAUGUGCUCGAUACGGCGGCUGCCAUUUUCAGUUUAACGUGGUGCUGUACCUCCACCUGUCGGUCGGUUUGCUUUGAGAGACUUUGAGGCAAGAGAUGCUUUGAGGCAGGAAAUGCUUCUCGGGAUAGAUGGGAAGUCUGUGGAGAGUUAUUUGAACCUGAAACAGCACCUGAAAGUAUGUAAAUUAAAAUUUUGUCGAAAGGGCUCUUAUGGAUGGGUGUAGUAAUGUAGGAAGGGUGUUGUUGUUUUUGGGGAAUUUACCCAAAAGGCCAGAACAGCCCUUGAGAAAACUGUUCGGAGAUUUUCCCUAUUUUGUUGUUGAUUGUCGGGGUCUUGUUUUCUCGAGGGCUGUCGUGAAUCGGAGAUAGACACGUCAGCCUGCAUUCGAUCAACAUUUCACCUUCAAAUCAAAUUACAAAUGCACACGCUCCACUCCUCCUUCAAACUCAGCUCGGCCAGAUGGCUUCACUGAUCGCCAAACUCUCCAAACUGCUUCGUCAUGAGGAGAACCAAGUCUUGGUUUUAAUUGUCAAGACAAAUUCUGAUUGGAUCCCAGCAGGAGAGGUAGAAGGGUGUGAAAUCUGCACUGUGAGACUGAGGGUGCAGCUGUGGCUAAUUGGUCAUUGGUCAUUUAUUUCCCAUGAUGCACCUGUCCUCAUAAGCAAGACCCACAAGUGCUGCUUUGGCUACUGACGGACUCACACACACACACACACACACACAAGUUCAACGGCAGUUCAGUGUGCCAUCUGUCCGCAAACAAACAUGCGCACAACCGCGUGCACACUCACAAUAUACAUUCUGACAAAAAACACUCAUGACACUCAUGCGCAUCUGUACAUGAUGAACACACACACGCACUCCUGAGGCUGGACCAGCAGAGCAUGUGAACAUAGUCCUGGUCACAUACACACAUACACACAUACACGCACACACGCACACACACACACACAUACACACACACACACACACACACAUACACACACACACACACACACAUACACACAUAGACUGGAGUUUGUAUUUCUCAUACCAUUCAUCUCAUGACCUUUAAUAAAACUUUCAUGACCUUUC